ACUGAGCAAAGUGUUUGAGAGUAGUGAAAAGUCUCGCUAAGCUAAACGCCGUCGCAAAGUGGAAUAACAAUUUAUAUGCAAUACAAGAAAACAACAAUUUAUUGUGCUAGUGUGUGUGUGUGUUAAGUGAGCUUAAAAUAUAUUCAAUUAAAUCGCAAAAUAACAAUAAAGAAAUAGUUUUAUAAAAUGGAUAUUAAGACAACAGCCGUGACACCGCCCAUGGCUGGCAAUGUGGAUGCCGCUUCGCCUGCAUCGCCAGUUUUAGUGACUGGCAGCAUGGAGCAACUGCAGCACAAUAAGCAAACAUUCCAGCACAUCUUCGAGCAGCUGGUGCAACAGAGCGGCGGCAAUCACAAGCUGGCCCCGAAGCAGCUCGACCAUUUGCGCCAUUUGUUGGGCAAUGUGCGGGAUGCCAAGAAUCUGCAGUUGAUUGUCGAGAAGUUUAAGAAUCUGGAGCAGUUCCAGGAGCAUUAUGCGCAUCUGGGGAACAACAAUACUGUGAUUACAGAGGACAGCGAAUUGUCGCUCAAGGACAACGCACGCAAAUUUGGCGCUGGCGGUCAAACUUUGACGCCGCGACACACAAUCGACGCGAUACUUGGCCUAAAGAAUCGCAAUGGCCAACAGACGCAGGGCCAACUGCAAACGGACGGAAGUGACGGUGAUGGCGAUGGCUCAAUGGUCGACGACGAUGCCACCGACUUGCGCUGCAACAUGUCGCUGACGCAGCUGCGCAACAUGGACAACCACAUGGCCAGCAUGCUGCAGCAGCACGCCAAGAACGGGCUGAGCUACGGGCCACCGACUCCGGCAGCGCCACCGCCGCCCACACAGCCACCAGCUGGUCAUCAUCAUGGCGGCAUGGCGGGGCAUCCCCCAUUUGGCUACCACAAUGCCUUUGGAUUCACCCAGAGUCACAGUCACGCUCACAGUCACGGUCACAGCCAUCACAAUCACGGUCACGGCCAUGGACAUGGCUAUGGACAUGGACAGGAGGAAGCAGCGGGUAAUUACCUGAGUUCCAUGCACCAAAUGGUCGAGGCUAAUCAAUUGCAGCCGCCGCCGCCGCAGUCGCUGGCAGCGGGAGCCGGAGUGCAGGGAGUGACGGUGGCGCCACCGCCGCCUGGCGCCUAUGGCAGCCACCAGCAGCAUUUGGCGGCGCUGGCUGCGCAUGCGCAAGAGCAGCACAACAAAUAUGCCAAGUCAUCGCCGACAACACCAACGGCUGCGGCCGUCGCUGCUGCUGCGGCUGCUGCCGCUGUCGGUGGCAACUACUUUGUGCCGGAUGCUUCGACUGGCUCCACAGCAGCAACAGCGGCUGGAGCAGCGGGGGGAGGCCAAGGGGCAGGGGCAGGAAUGCGCGACUACGAUGAGCGUUCAAUGUCCUCGAAUAGCGAACUGGAUGAGGAUGAAGAUGAUGCGGCAAAGCUGCAGAGCGAUUGCAACAUUGAUGUUACUUCGCCGCCAACACCGCGACCCCCCAACAACAACAAUAAUAAUAAUAACAAUGGAAGUGUUGUUGUUGUUGGCUGCAAGCGAAAAGCGGGCGCCGCCUCCGCCUACUGUGAUGAUAAUGAGCCGAAAUUAGCCAACGGCCAGCAACAACAGCAGCAGCAGCAGCAACUGGGCAAUUACAACAUCAGAGCGCGCAGUCUGGACGAAGUGCAGCAACAGCAACAGCAACAACAGCAGCAGCAACACUUUCAGCACGACUAUCGCAACAGCAAUAACAACAACAGUAAUAACAACAACAACAAUAAUCAAGCGGAGCAUGUGGACAACGACAGUUUGGUCAACGGCAGCUGCGCCUCCAGCGAGGAUCUCAAUCAGACCAACAACAGCGAGCAGGGCGAGAAGAUCACAUCCGGCAGCGACGAUGAAGGCCAGGACGAUAACUGCGCCAAGAAGAAGCAUCGACGCAAUCGCACCACAUUCACCACAUAUCAACUGCAUGAGCUGGAGCGUGCCUUUGAGAAAUCGCAUUAUCCCGAUGUAUAUUCACGCGAGGAGCUCGCCAUGAAGGUGAAUCUGCCCGAAGUGCGUGUUCAGGUCUGGUUCCAGAACCGACGCGCCAAGUGGCGUCGCCAGGAGAAGUCGGAGAGUCUGCGUCUUGGCUUGACGCACUUCACUCAGCUGCCGCAUCGCUUGGGCUGCGGUGCUUCAGGUUUGCCCGUUGAUCCUUGGCUUUCGCCGCCGCUGCUGAGCGCGCUGCCAGGCUUCUUGUCGCAUCCCCAAACUGUUUAUCCCAGCUAUUUGACGCCUCCGUUGAGUCUGGCGCCCGGAAAUUUGACCAUGAGCAGCUUGGCUGCCAUGGGCCAUCAUCAUGGGCCACCGCCGCCGCCACCGCAUGGGCCGCACAGUGGGCAACUUGCGCCCCCCUCUUCGGUGGCUGGGCCAUCGCAUCCGCCGCCACCACCGCCACCGCAUUCGCAUCCACACGCGCACUCGCAUGCUGCAGCACAUCAUGCGGUGCCGUCGCUGUCGUCGCAUCUCUCGCCGCACCUGUCACGAAUGUCGCCACACGCGACGUCGCUGUCGCCGCAUCAUGCUGCCGCACUUGCCGCCGCCGCCGCCUCACUGCCGUCCAGUGUCACGCCCACCAGCACCACAAUGACCACGGCCUGCUCGACCACCUCGUCCUCCUCCUCGUCGCUGGAGUGCAGCGGCCCCGAUGUCUGCAUGUCACCGCAAAACCUCAGCAUCUCCAAUGCCGACUCCAAUGGCGAUCCGCGCGACUGCAGCGACAUCGAUGGAGGCAGCAACAGCAACGGCGCCGGCGGCUUGGAGAAGUGCAGCCAAGUGGAGCUGCUCGAUGUGGGACGCGAGAGUCCGCCGCCGCCCUCCUCGCUGGCCCUGAAGCGUCCGACGGCGACGACGACGCCACCACAGUCCGUUGUCGGUGCUCCGUCGGUGGACAUGAGAAGCAAUUCGAUUGCCACGCUGCGCAUCAAGGCGAAGGAGCAUCUCGAUAAUCUGAACAAGGGACUCGUGUCCAUGGUCUAGUUUAAGCCUAGUUUGAAAGUCCCUCACACUCCAAUCAAAAGUCCUAAUAUCGUAUCGUAUUAUCGUAUAUUCGUUUAUCGUAUUGUGUAUUUUAGUUUAGCGAAUCCUUCAAAUUGUAUAGCUAAGAACCAGUGAACCAAGAGUUUCCCCAGUCUCAUAACUAAAACAGCGGCGUGUUCCCAAUUUCACAUUCCCCAGUAAUU